AUGAGGGCAAUUGAACAGGAGAAAACUCACAUUGCUCAGGAGAGAACCCACAUUGCUUCAGUCAAUGUUUCGCUUACAGAUAACAUAGCCUUCUUAUCAACUGAAAAAUAUCAUUUGUAUGAAGAUAUAUUGGAUUUUAUUGCCUAUUUGAGUAAAACAUAUGUGAAUCACGUGACGACAAUAGACAUCGGAAAAACGGCUGGAGGCAACCCGAUACGAGGAAUUAAGAUCAGCAACACUUAUUUAGAUGAGAUAGCCGCCGACGACAGACUUCAUCCGAAGAUAGGCGGAAAAAGCAAAAGACGCAAGCCAGCUGUAUGGAUCGAUGCAGGGACACAUGCCCGGGAGAGGAUUACCGUAGCUAUGGCUGUGUAUUACAUAAAAUUACUCUCAACCAACUACCCGACUAACUCCAGUGUGGCGACCCUGUUGGAUACUUAUGACUUUUACAUUUUCCCGGUGGUGAAUCCGGACGGGUAUAACUAUACUUUUACUACUGACCGACUUUGGAGGAAAAACACAUCACUCAACAAAACUAAGUGCAUGGGAGUGGACCUCAACAGAAAUUUCGGGCAUAAAUUUACUAGCACUACAUAUGAGAAACAAAGAUGCAACGAUUCAACAUUCCCGGGAUUUAAGGCAUUUUCAGAGCUUGAAACACAGGCAAUAAGAGACGGAGUUUUGAAGUUACGGAAGUCCUUAAAAGCAUUUUUCACAUUUCAUUCCUUUGGGCAACUGUGGAUGACUCCAUACGCCUCCUCACGCGUCACACCCGAAGAUUAUCUGGAUCAUAUAGAUGCCCUAAAAGCAGCUGAAAAAGCCAUGAAAAAGGUUUCAAGCACCCGGUAUUAUUUUGGACCAAUAGGGAAAUAUUUCCAUCUCGUAACAGGAUCCGUUAUUGACUGGGUGUACACCGAAGCGAAAAUUAAAUAUGCCUUUGCGGUGGAAGUCAGAAACAAAUCAAGUUUCAUUCUUCCAGAAAGCGAAAUCUAUCCGACUGCCAACGAGAAUUUCGCUGCAAUCGAAGCGAUCUUGCUGAAGAUUCGUGACGAAGAUGAAGGGACUUAG